CACACAUAUGUAUGUGGACAUAGCACAAGCGAACAAUUCAUUUUUCUUACUCAACACAAAUCUGCCACCUUGAAUGCGUGCAUCAUGCAUGUGAGCCAUUCUUAGUUGCAAACUUCUGGGUGUUCAAGCAAAACCUAGAGAUUUAGAAUAAGAUGGUAAGAGCAAGGAUGGAGUUUAUAAAAUUCAAUAACAAGGUUCCAAGAAUUUAAUUGAUUGAGGAAGAAUUACUACUUCAUGAUCUGAUUUUUUAUUGCAGCGCACAGACUUUGAACCGGAGCAAAAGGUCAUUCACGGGUCAAAAGACAAUGCUGGAACAAGAGUUUUAAAGGCUGUUUUAUUAUGAACCAGCUUAAGGUGAAAAUGUACCGGAGUAUGAAAUAAGGAAAAUGCUAAACAGUGCCCCGGGCACUCUUUAAGCAUUUUAAAUAUUUGAUUAGGGUGUUGUGGAUUUCUCAAGUUCAAAGAUUUUGUCAAAAAAAAAAAAAGUUCAAAGAUGGCCAGCCACUCUAAUGCGAUAGAAUUGGGCAAGAGUAGUGAAGAGAAAAAAGAAGCACAAGAAUUAGAAGAUGAAGAAAGUUUCUCAUAUGCUAUACAACUUUGCAACUCUAGUGUGUUCCCAAUGGCACUUCAAUCUGCAGCUGAGCUUGGCAUUUUCGAUGUGUUGCAAGAAGCCGGUAAAGGAGCUCAAUUGUCGGCCGAAGAGAUUGCAGCCCGUCUUUCAUGUAACAAUCUGGAUGCUCCCAAAAUGUUGGAUCGCAUACUUGCUCUUCUUGCCUCACAUGAUGUGUUGAAGUGUUUGGUCAUUCAAGAUCAACAAAAGCUUGGAUCCUUUCAUAGACUUUAUAGUAUGGCUCCUGUUGCUAAAUUCUUUGCUCCUAAUUCUGAUGGUGUUUCAUUAGGACCAUUGAUGUCUUUGAAUCAAGACAAGGUUUUCCUAGCUAGCUGGUCCGAACUUAAUAAUGCAAUACGAGAAGGGGGUGUUCCAUUCGUCAGGGUUCAUGGCACACAUGCCUCUGGAUAUGCAAGCUUGGACUCAAGGUUCAACCAUGUUUUCAAUAAAGCAAUGAUCAAUCAUACCAGUAUAGUUAUGAAGAAGGUGCUUGAGUCUUAUAAAGGUUUUGAUGACAUAAAAAGGCUUGUUGAUGUUGGAGGUGGUCUUGGGGUCAACAUUAAAUUGAUCACAACUAAAUAUCCUCAAAUAGAGGGUAUCAAUUUCGACUUACCUCAUGUCAUUCAACGUGCCCCUUCAUAUCCUGGAGUUGAACACGUUGGUGGAGAUAUGUUUGAAAGUGUGCCUAAAGGAGAUGCUAUCUUUAUGAAGUGCAUGCUUCAUGGUUGGAGUGAUGAGCAUUGCUUAAAGCUUUUGAAGAGUUGUUAUGAUGCUAUCCCAAAUGAUGGGAAAGUGAUUGUUUUAGAGGCACUUAUUCCUAUCGUGCCUGAGAAUAGUCAUGCUGCAAAGUAUACUUCCCAAUUGGAUGUUCUGAUGAUGACUCAAAGCCGAGGAGGAAAAGAGCGAACUAAGCAAGAAUUCAUUGAUUUGGCAACUAAAGUUGGAUUUAGUGGCAUCAGAUUUGAAUGUUUUGUUUCUAACUUCUGGGUUAUGGAGUUCUUUAAGUAAUUAAACAUGUGUCACUUCUACUAUAUGGAAUUGAAGUUCCCUAUGCUAUUGCUACGUUUUUUUUGGUGACUUCUUGUUUGUACUACUAUACUACAAUAAUAUUUCAUGUGUGUUGUACUAGCUUAUAUGUAACUCAUAAUCCUUGUUAUAAAAAAUGCUAAAUAGUGCCCCCGGGCACUAGUUAAGGAUAUAAAUAUGGAAAUUUCAUCUCGUAAA